GAUUACUUGCCCGGACAAACAUACACGUAGUAACUACAUUGCAAGCGAAGAUUACCCAUUAGAUCGUUAGAGAUUCCUGCGUGGAGGUCACGAUGUCAACGCAACAGCAGCAGCUAGACUAUAUCGAGCGCCACCUGGUGUACGAGAUCUUCAAGGACUUUGGGCCCAAUGCUUCGCUGGAAUCGCACAGCGUAGAGUGCUCCAAUGGACUGGACGGCUUCAUGUCCGCCCUGUACACCGUUACGCUGGACGUGGUCAUCGCGGAGCGCAAGCGCACGGAGGUGGUCCUGGUCAAGUUCAUGAAGGGAACGGAGGAGUUCCGGGAGACCAGCAAUUCGUACACUCAAUUUUCCAACGAAAUCUUCGCCUACGCCGAGAUCCUGCCCGCCUGAAACGUCCUGCGGACGAGUCAUCUGGAAAGCGAUGUGGUGAAGAACUGGAUUCCGCGUUGCUACUUCGCCCGGUUUGGUCAGGUCGAAGGUCUCGGGAAUGGCAGGGAAUCGGUGCUGGCCCUGAAACAUCUGAAGGGCGAUGGCUACCAGUUGGGUCCAAGGCUCACCCUCCGUCGGGAUCAUCUGGAGGCCAUGGUGGGGCUGGUGGGUCCGUACCAUGCCCUGGGCUAUGCCACGAAGAUCCUCCAGCCGAACGUGCAUGCUCGCUUGCGCGCCGGAGUGCUGGACAUGCCCUUCGUGUCCAGCUCGGGAACGGGCGUCUUUGAUGUCCUGUAUCGCGUGGCUUUCGACCGGUUCUACGAGUUCUACGACCGGCAGAAGGAGCAGCUCCUCCAGGGGGCAGAUGCCGGAUUCGAGGUCGCCAUCGAGCGACUGCGGGAGAAGUACUUCAAGCAGCCGACACUUCUGCUGGAGAGAAUUCGCACCAAUUCCUUUGCCGAAGAUCAGCCGGACAGCCACUUUGCCACCUUCCUGCACGGCGACUACAACAGGAACAAUGUGCUGUUCCACUACGGAGCCGAGGACAAGGUGGACGGUAUCAGAACCAUCGAUUUCCAGGAGCUGCGCUUCAGCACCACAGCCAUUGACCUCAGCUUCUUCAUGUACAUGAACACGCCGUCCGAGGGAAGGGACGAGCUCUACGCAGACUUGUUGCGCAAGUACCAUCGCAGCAUGAUCGAAAUGCUGGAACUGGUUCUGCGCCGAAACCGGAAUGAGUUGACCGACGAUCGGGUGGAUCAGUUGCUGCAGGAAUUCAGCUUUGAUCGCUUCAAUGCCCACUUCAAACGAUAUGCCUUCUACGGACCAAUGGUGUGCAUGCACUUCCUUCCCUGGCUGCUCAGCUCUGAGAAGGAUUGCGCCGAGUUGUCCCGCCUCUUUGAAACGGAUAUGCACGGGCCCGCCUUCCACCAGUUGUCCAUGGACAUCGGAGGCGAUGUGGCGAACCAGGAGAUUUUCAAGACCGUGCGGCAUGCCUAUGAGCAUGGCUACAUGGACGAGAUUUAGAUACCUUUGCAAUAUUACAUACUUGGAACAUUCAAAAUUUAAGUCAGUACUAAUUUGAGACUGUAUUUACGAACUAUUUACAAUGUUAACUUCGCAACUAAUGCUAAAUGAGCGCAAUAAGGUGGGGGAAGUGUAAUUGAGGUAAACAAUGCCUAAAUGCCCCUAUAUUUAAGCGGAAUAAAAUCAUACACUUCAAGAAGA